UUAUACUAAAUUAUGGAGGUCAUUUUUUAAAAAAUGGUUUUGUAGUGUCGCUCAAAUUGUGAGAGAUUUGCCCUUUAUUCGUUUACCAUGAAUUCCAGACGAUUCGUGAAAAAGACGAGAUGGAAAAGAUUUUGAUUUUCAUAGGUUAUGUUUCAUUUUUUGGUAACAAAAACAACUCUCAAUUUUUGAAUUUGCCUUUGAUGCGGAAGAACGUUCUUACAGCUAAGUCGCACCUCAAACUCGCAAAUUCUUUGUGUUCUUUGCGCGAUUAAUAUUCAGCACUUUGACCUUAACCUUUGUCCAAUGCAGAAAAACCGAAGGUUAUCCAAGUUUUUUAAAAACAAAGUAUGACUAGUUUGUUAUGGAGGCAGUGAGGCGUUCCGCCAUGAGGGGAAACAUCGUGUUCUUGCUGUUCCUUUUUGUGGCAAUCAAAUCGCAAACAUCCCCCUGCCCCCGACUCUUCGUGUACGAAAAGAAAGGUUCGACUCCAAAUCGAUGGUACGGUUUAAUAACCCUCCUAACCGACAAGCAGUUAAACGGAAUAUGGCUUCGCAUCAUCCUCGAUCAACCUUCGCUGCAAUUGGGGAACUGGUUCGGCGAGCCCGAACGCUCCGGAACCGAGAACAAGGAGUUCCUUGUAAAAAAUAGAAAUUUCGUACUGAAAGCCAACACUCCGCACAUCGUACGUUUCUUUGUCGAAUACGAUCCGCAAUCGCCGACACCCAGAUUGGUCUCGUUUAGAUUGAACGGGAAGACAAUCUGCCCGGAGGACGACGAUCCGGAAAACGUCACGACCGAGAAGCUAAUGCUGUUGACAAGCGGUCCGGGGAACGUCUCGCUCGUCAACCGUUCCGAUAGGAUUCGGCCGCGGGACGGUAACUGCGGCACGACGGUGGUGCAACCGCGACCGCUGAUCACCUUCGGAAUGGUGACGCAGGAGGGCGAGUUCCCGUGGCACGCCGCGCUGUACUACGCGAAAGGAAUCGAUCUGUCGUACAUUUGCGGGGCCUCGCUCAUUAGCGUUUCGCACGUGAUUACGGUUGCGCAUUGCGUGACACGCCGACGGUCCACGGUACCGUUGCAGCCGAAGAAUGUGGUCGUGUAUUUAGGUAAAUACUACCUGCAAAGGUUCAAUAACGUCGGGAUUCAAGAUCGACCGGUGGAGGAGAUCGUGCCCCAUCCGAAGUACGACGCGGCGACUUACAGAAACGACAUAGCGAUUGUCAAGCUGGAGGCACCGGUCGACGUGACCGACUACGUACGUCCGGUCUGCCUGUGGCCGGACGAGGUGAAUUUGAGCUCGGUUAUUGACAAACAAGGUACCGUCGUGGGAUGGGGUUUCGACGAGACGGGAAAGGUGACCGAGACACUGAUGCAGGCGAAGAUGCCUGUGGUUUCGGACGACGUGUGCGUGCAAUCGUUUCCGGAAUUUUUCGUUCGCUUCACGUCCCCCUCCACCUACUGCGCCGGAUUUCGAAACGGCACCUCCGUGUGCAACGGCGACUCGGGCGGAGGAAUGGUAUUUCCCAGACAGACGGCGAACGGUCGGGUCUGGGAGUUGCGCGGUCUGGUCUCGAUCAGCGUCGCCUUGCAGAAUCAGUUCAAGUGCGACACGGCGCAUUACGUGGUAUUUACGGACAGUGCGAAAUAUUUGGAAUGGAUUAAGGAAGUGAUUUCCAAAUGAUUUUCUAAAUAUUAGCUUAAUGACGCAGUAAAGGAGUAUCAUAAUGUGAAGAUAAUUAAACCAUUAAAUUGAAA